AUGGGCCUUGAAAACGCCGCAAAGGAACUUGACCGUCGCGAGCGAGUGCGCGAGAACCAACGAAAGAGUCGGGCGAAGAAGCAAGAGCAUAUUCGUGACCUGGAGCAGAAGCUAGCGUCAUUCCAAGAAAAAUUCCACCGCAAGGAUGUCGAACACCGACUAGCGGUCCAGAAACUCGAGGCCGAAAAUACCAGGUUACGACGUCUCUUGGCCCACUCGGGUUUAGCAUCAAGCGAAAUCGAUGGCUAUCUUCGAGCAGGCAGUGAUCCGAUCAUGUCGGAGAAAGUUGCCAUACCUCCAAUACGGCGGCCUGAGGCCGGGCUUAAUCCAAAGCACCAAGAAGCAGUAACUACCGCAUGUUUGGGAGCAUCGUCACAGAGCGAGCCAGAUGCCGCUGAUGCGCAGUCGAGGCUCCCGGAACAAUCUCUAUCUGAGGGCGAUUCGGAGUUUUUCAAAGUAACCGACCAGACUGGUUUUGCUGAAAGAUUUGAGAAACCGGCAAAUCAGGACCAGACCAUUUGCGGCUGCGCUCCUGCAGAAGACGAGAAAUCGUGGCCCACUAACGGUGAUAUCCUCAAUACUACGCUCUGUGCGAUUGCAGAGGAACUAAUUAACCAGUAUAACACGCGAGGCGUGGAUGCUGAUGAGAUUCGAAGAAAGCUAUGGUCUGGCUUCUCCAAGGGUCUUACUACCGACGAAGGAUGCAGAGUCCAAAACCAAAUUUUGUUCCAAGUAUUGGAUGAGAUCAGCAACAACUGA